AUGCCACCGUACAAGAAGCGAAAGCUGUCGCACGACAGCGAAUCUGAUUCCGCGUCAGCCACCUCAGACCAACCUGCAGAGAACGAUGCACCAGCAGAAGCACAAUCUUUCAAAGAACUCGGAAUUAUCGAGUCGUUAUGCGAAGCCUGCGAUAACCUGGGCUACAAAGCACCCACACCGAUUCAGUCCCAGUCAAUACCACUCGCUCUCGAAGGUCGCGACCUGAUCGGCCUUGCGGAGACUGUCCUCGUGGGAGGCAUGGAUAUGAUACCACAAGCCAUAGCGCUUGGGAAGAUGCCGCAUGUGGUUGUUGCGACGCCGGGACGGUUGCUGGACCACCUAGAGAACACAAAGGGUUUUUCGUUGAGGCAGCUGAAAUACCUAGUCAUGGACGAAGCCGACAGACUACUGGACCUUGAUUUUGGUCCGAUCCUCGACAAGAUCCUACGAGUCCUCCCUCGCGAUGGCCGACGAACAUACCUCUUCUCAGCGACAAUGUCAAGCAAGGUCGAGUCGCUACAGAGAGCAUCGCUGCAAAAUCCAGCAAGAGUCUCAGUGUCUCAAGACAAGUACCAGACCGUGUCGUCCCUGAUACAGAAGUUUCUGUUCAUUCCUCUGAAGCACAAGUUGACUUACUUAAUCCACGUCCUCAAUGAAAAGGCCGGACAGACAGGCAUCAUCUUUACACGAACGGUCAACGAGGCACAACGUCUGUCCAUCAUACUGAAGAAGCUGGGGUUCUCGACAGUGCCGAUACAUGGUCAACUAUCCCAACAAGCGCGGCUUGCUGCUCUGAACUCAUUCAGAGCCAAGUCCAAAAGUCUACUGGUGGCUACAGAUGUUGCAGCGCGUGGCCUUGACAUACCGGCUGUUGAUCUGGUAGUGAAUUUCGACCUGCCGCACGACAGCAAGACAUACAUUCAUCGAGUGGGACGGACGGCUCGAGCUGGCAAAAGUGGCCACGCCUUGUCCCUGGUCACGCAGUAUGAUGUCGAGAUAUGGCUGCGUAUCGAGAAUGCGCUAGGCAAGAAGCUGGAGGAGUACGAGACUGUUCGAGAGGAGGUCAUGGUGUAUUCUGAGCGGGUCGAAGAGGCGGCUCGAGCUGCCGCCAUGGAGAUGAAGGAACUGCAGGAGAAUCGUGGCAAGAAGGGUGCCACUCUGCGAAAUCACAAGAGGCCAAGGAAGGGUCGCGAUGAUAUGGAUCGAAACGCUGACGGGUCGUGA